UGCUGUUGGAAAUUGUCUAAAAGUGUUAUGUUUCUAUUUGAACAGAAAAUGGAGAAUUCACUGAGCCCCAUGCGUUUUUAUUUAGGGAUUUGUAUUUUUUCAUUGCAGUGGAUAAUCAGCCAUCCUCGGCUAGUAAAUGUGGCCUUAGGAGGAAUAGCAACACAGUCUUCGACAGGUGCCCCAUACUAUGCUAACAAAGCUAUUGAUGGCAACCGAGCAUCUAACAUACUUUCCUCCUCAUGUACACACACAAAUAAUGAGUAUAACCCAUGGUGGAGGGUGGAUUUGUUGGACGCGUAUCAAAUUAACAAUAUAAUCGUCACUAACAGAGGCGACUGCUGUCCAGAACGGUUAAAUGGUGCUGAGAUUCAGAGAGAGUGUGUCAUUAUACCUAGCAUACCUGCUGGUGCAUCUGUAAACUACACCUGCAAUAUGAAGGGUCGUUAUGUGAAUGUGAUCAUUCCCAACAUUGUCCAGGUUCUAACUCUCUGCGAGGUGGAAGUCUAUGCAGUUCCAGUGCCUAUUAAAAAGAAGACAUUUCUGAGAUUCAAGUUUAACAGCAGUGAGGAUCUCAAGAAUUCUACUACGAGGGACAAAAUUUUCCAAAAGGUGUGUCUUUGUAAGAAUGUAUACUGCAUUGUCAGUGUCUUAGGGCACAUUAUCCUACUGAAUGAGGCCAUCAGGGAAUACCGGUUUCAUGAAAGGGUGUACAUGGUCUGCAACAAGGCUUACGUAAAUGGUAAGUUCCCCCACCCACCCGGCCAUUCACGUAAUGUAAAUGAAAAUGUGAUUCAUCAGACCAGGCCACUUUCUUCUAUUGCUCCGUGGUCCAGUUCUGAUACUCACAUUAAGUCUGUCAAUGUCCAGUCACCGGUUUUUCAGGUGCGCUGGACAAAGGAACCAGAACUGGAAAUAGGCAUGGCUAAAGCUACGCCUUUACACUUUUCCCCCUAUCGCACUGCUUCCAGAAGUUCUAGAGAGAGUUUGCUGGGAUGGAGUCCACCUCCUCCUGGUGGCCCCUUGGUGGCUGGGCAGACCAUGAUUCGUGGACCUGGUAGCCCUCCCUGGGAGAUUCCUAUCAGUGGGGAUCUUCUCUCUCAGGUGGUAGAGACCAUUCUCCAGUCCAGAGGUUGUAUGCCGCAAGAUGGCGCCUGUUUAGUGCAUGGUGCGAUUAACUGUCCAGUUGUUUCAGUGUUGGAAUUCCUUCAAGAGCAGUUUGCCAGAGGAUUUGCUCUGUCCACCCUUAAAGUAGGUGAAUUCUACACUGUUUUCCCACUUGUUCUUUUCAUCCUUGAGUGCUGUUGGAAAUUGUCUAAAAGUGUUAUGUUUCUAUUUGAACAGAAAAUGGAGAAUUCACUGAGCCCCAUGCGUUUUUAUUUAGGGAUUUGUAUUUUUUCAUUGCAGUGGAUAAUCAGCCAUCCUCGGCUAGUGAAUGUGGCCUUAGGAGGAAUAGCAACACAGUCUUCGACAGGUGCCCCAUACUAUGCUCACAAUGCUAUUGAUGGCAACCGAGCAUCUAACAUACUUUCCUCCUCAUGUACACACACAAAUAAUGAGUAUAACCCAUGGUGGAGGGUGGAUUUGUUAGACGCGUAUCACAUUUUCAAUAUAAUUGUCACUAACAGAGGCGACUGCUGUUCACAACGGUUAAAUGGUGCUGAGAUUCACGUUGGCUACUCCUUACUAAACAACGGCAACAACAACCCCAGGUGUGUCAUUAUACCUAGCAUACCUGCUGGUGGCUCUGUAAACUACACCUGCAAUAUGAAGGGUCGUUAUGUGAAUGUGAUCAUUCCCAACAUUGUCCAGGCUCUAACUCUCUGCGAGGUGGAAGUCUAUGCAGUUCCAGUGCCUAUUAAAAAGAGGACUUUUCUGAGAUUCAAGUUUAACAGCAGUGAGGAUCUCAAAAAUUCUACUACGAGGGACAAACUUCUUCAAAAGAUUGAGUCUGUUAAUGUCCAGUCACCAGUAUUUCAGAUGUGCUGGACAAAGGAACCAGAACUGGAAAUAGGUAAGAAAUUUUAG